GUUAAUGCAAUUGUUCGGGCCGAUCGCCACGAAUGAUUAAUUUUCUCCGUGCACCUUCAGCCGCAGCCUGCUGAGGUGCGCGAUUCCAGCAGCACACAGCUGCGCGAAAGACAACAUGUGAUGCAAGCAACCGCAGCCGCCCGAAAGGAUCACGUGAAGGAAGAGUGGGCGCAAAAGGAGGAAAAUUCCUAUCCUCAGGCAAAAUUAUUGUUCGCUGUACGUCCGACGUGUUAAGACGUGUGUCGUCGCAGUAAUUAGAAACUGAAUUCGAAUCAAAUCAAAGUAAAACCAUGUAAAUAGUAUGUAAAUAGAGUGUAAAAACGUUAAGCCUGGUGUUUUAAUUCCGGUUCUGGUUCCCUGGUUAAGUGGUCUCUUCGGGAAGUCGUCGGUCCGCCUAUGUCGAGAAUCGUAAAAUACAGUCCACUUGCGAACAUAAAUUUGGUCCUUCGAGCCGGAUCGUGUGAAGUGAAGUGCCUUUCCGACUGUUCCGGAACCGGAUGAAGAACCAGGAAGUGAAUAAGUGAAGCAAAAAUCCGAAAAAGUCGGAAAUCCGUGGAAAAAUCUAACGUUGUCGGUGUGAGCAAAAUGGCCGCCGUCGAAGUACAGUGCUGGUGCGACGUCACCAUUUUGUGAAGAACAAAUGUUAGUGUGCGGGCGCCAUUUUGGGAAAGUGCUGAUGGUCUAGUCCAUCGAAGAAAUUGAUUGAAGCGAGCAAUUAAGUGCUCAAUUCCCGGGGUGCUAAACCCUGUUAAGUGAAGAAGGCUGUUGUGAAGAUAGUGUUUCGGUUCUGCCACUGUGUCCGUUAGUGGAAUCCGGUUGCGUGAGCAUAGACUUGGCUGUGUUCCCAACCAACGUCGAGCACUGGGCUUGACAUGAAGUGGUGUCCACGGUGGCAUGCCGGAAAAAAGUGAUUUGCAGCAGCAGCAAUCGGCGGCGUCUGGAGCUAGUUCUGCACUUGGGCAGUCUACUCUGGAUUCUACCACACCGCUAAGCAAGAAGCAGAAGAAGAAGCUAAGGUUGACUGAAAAGUUGGCCACCAUGGAAAACAUCCAACGACUCGUCCGUGUCCGCGGCGCGGCCAAAGGUAAGCUCACUCGUAUCCUUAAUACUAUUCGCCCAAAUGAAGAGGAGGUGGUCCAGCUGACGGAAGCUGAGAUCAAAGUCUACAUGGCGAAGGUGGAAGCAGCCCAUAAGGACUACGAAGAUGCUCACAAUCAAAUCGUGAACGAAGUGUCGGAUGAUGACUACGAACAGCAUGAGCAGCUGUACGAGGAGUUCGAUAUCCUUCACGACACCGUUUCAAUUCUGUUGGAGGAUCAGCUCAACAAGGUCAGAGCCACCGCGGCAGCCGCAGCUGCUGCCACGACUGCGGCGCAACAAGUUCAGCAAGCACCGGUUGUCAUCCAUCAACCACUUCGCAUGCCGGUUCCCACUUUCGACGGUCGGUAUGAGAGCUGGCCAAAGUUCAAGGCCAUGUUCAAGGAUCUCGUGGAUAAGGGUCCAGAUCCGCCGGCAGUCAAGUUGUAUCAUCUGGACAAGGCUCUGGUCGGUAGUGCAGCCGGUCUCAUCGAUGCCAAAACGAUCAACGAAGGCAACUACGCCCACGCGUGGCAAAUUCUGGAAGAGAGGUUCGAGAACAAACGUCACGCUAUCGACUCUCAUAUUCAUGGUCUUCUGAAUCUUAAGCGCAUGACGAAGAAGAGCCAUUUGGAGCUGCGGAGUCUGGUCGACGAGUGUAGCAAGCAUGUGGAAGGUCUCAAGUUCCUGGAGCGAGAUUUCGAUGGAGUAGGUGAGGAUUUCGUGAUUCAUCUACUGGCGGCAGCAUUGCACAACGACGUGCGCCAUAUGUGGGAGUUCACCAUUAAGCACGGUGAGCUUCCCGAUUACGACGAGAUGCUGACGUUCCUGAAGGAGCAGACCUUCAUCCUGGAGAGGGUUGAAGCCAGCAACCAGAAGUCAUCAUCGGUUCCCAUUAAGUCCGUGUCUGCAUCCAACAAGCCGUCGGUGCAGAAAGCCCACGCAGUCGUUUCGUCAAGCGAGAAGGAAACAAAGUGUGAUUUUUGCGGAAAGGCACACGCCAAUCACCAGUGCGCUGAUUUCAAGGCUCUUCCUGUUCCGCAAAGAUUGGUCAAGGUGCGAGAGCGCAACGUGUGCUUUAAUUGCCUACGAAGAGGCCAUCGAAGCGCCGACUGUUCAUCGGACAAAUCCUGCCAGGAGUGUAAGCGUCGGCAUCAUAGUCUCCUUCACGCCGAGGAGAAGCCCAAGCAAGAUGCAGAUCAACCAAGCAAGUUGGCCCCGCCGCCAGUUCCAGAGCAAGAAGGUUUAUCAUCAUCAUCAACGUCGACGACAGCUACGUGUUCCAGCGUGGCCACCCACUCGCAGCAAGUGCUGCUGCUCACGGCGGUAGUGGACGUAAUGGACAAAAACUACCAGCCGCAUCCGUGCCGAGUAUUAUUGGACAGUGGGUCUCAAGUCAAUUUGGUGACGCAGUCCGUGGCAGAUAAGUUGGGCUUGAAGUUGAAUUCGUCGAACGUCACGAUGUUCGGGGUCAACAGUACGAAGACCCAAUCAUCCAACAGUGGCACGGUGCAUCUUUCGUCGAGGUACAGGGAUUUCCAUGCCAAGGUCAAGUGUCUGGUAACUGACAAGGUAACAUCAGAUCUGCCAUCAUCGGUUCUCAAUAUCAGCGCGUUGGAGCUUCCCGCUGGUGUUCAUCUAGCCGAUCCGAACUUUUUCCAUCCGAGCAAGGUGGAUAUGCUUCUGGGUAACGAAUGGUUCCUUAAGUUGUUGCUACCCGGAGAAAUUACUUUCGAUGACAAACUUCCUGUCCUUCGCGAGACCCAAUUUGGUUGGGUUGUUGGUGGAGUCUUCGAAGAAGGUGCGGUAUCUGAUGGAGCAGUUUAUUCGCACACAGUCACGAUGGACGAAUUAAGCCAGUCCAUUCAACGCUUCUGGGAAGUUGAAGAUGUCGCUGAUGUCGUCGAGCGUAGCAGCGAAGAAGAGGAGUGUGAGGAGCACUUCAAAGCGACUCAUCGUAGGGAUGCUUCCGGGCGGUACAUCGUCGAGCUGCCGCUGAAGGAGUCCGUGAGCGAAUUGGGAGAUUCCAGGUCGCUUGCAUUAAGAAGGUUUCACGCGCUGGAGCGAAAGCUUUCGCAACAUCCGGAUCUGAAGAAGCAGUACCAGGAUUUCAUGGACGAGUACGAGAGUCUUGGGCACUGCAAAGAAGUGAACGUUAGUGAAGAUCCAUCAGGUAUCAUCAAGUGGUACUUACCUCAUCAUGCUGUGCUGCGGCCAUCGAAUACUACCACUAAGUGCCGUGUGGUGUUCGAUGCAUCGGCGAAGGUAUCUGGUCGCUCGCUCAACGAUGUAAUGAAGAUUGGCGCCAUCAUUCAAAGCGAUCUGCAGUCCAUCUCUCUUCGAUUUCUUCUCCCGCUCCACGUGUUGGCUACUGACGUGGCCAAAAUGUACAGACAAGUCUUCGUCGAUCGGCGGCAUACGCCGCUAACUCGUGUGUUCUGGAGGAAAACUCCUUCCGAACCGCUUCGUGUACUAGAGCUGACAACAGUCACCUACGGAACGGCUUCCGCCCCGUUUUUGGCAACGCGGACACUCUUGCAAUUGACUAUCGACGAAGGCUUCAAGUAUCCUGUGGCUGCUGACAUCGUGAAGAAUAGUUUCUACGUGGACAACGCAUUGUUUGGGUUUGACGACCUGAAUGAAGCAAGCGAAGCUCAAGUGCAGUUGAUUGGCCUGCUCAAGGCCGGUGGAUUCCAUCUGCAUAAGUGGGCUUCCAAUAAUCCUACGUUGCUGGAGCGGAUUCCGGAAAGCGAUCGGGACGAGCUGGUCAGCAUCGACGAAAGUGGUUCAAGUGAAGUGAUUAAAACGUUGGGACUAAUGUGGAACCCAACUUUGGACGCUCUGCAGUUCAUCUCCAUUCCAACAGUGUGUGAAAAUAGUGCAACAAAGCGGCAAGUGCUGUCGCUCAUAUCAAGAAUGUUCGACCCCUUGGGUCUUGUGGCGCCGGUCAUCGUUAUCGGUAAACUUUUGAUGAAGAGCAUUUGGAAAGAAGAGUUGGAAUGGGACGAAGCGCUCUCAGGAGUGCUGAAGAAAAAGUGUGUAGAGUUCCUGAAUGCGUUAAGAGGUGUUACCAGCCUUCGGAUUCCCCGUCACGUCGUGGUCACUGGAGCUGUUGCCUUCGAGUUGCACGGAUUUGGGGAUGCGACCUUGGAGGCCUACGGUGCCUGUGUGUACAUCAGGUCGAUCGCACCUGGUCAAGCUGCAGUAGUGAGGUUGCUAUGCGCAAAAUCAAAGGUCGUUCCGAAGACAGUGUUGACCAUCCCGAGAAAGGAACUUUUAGCAGCGCUUUUGCUGCACCGAUUGGUGAAGAAAGUGCUGGCAGCAUUAGCGCUCCCCUUUCGUGACAUUUUGUUGUGGUCAGACAAUCAAGUGGUGCUAGCUUGGCUAGCGAAGAACCCGGAACAUUUGGAAGUGUUUGUGCGAAACCGGGUAAGUGAGAUUAACUCUACUGGAAAUCAAUUCAAGUGGAACUAUGUAAAUACGCUGGACAAUCCAGCCGAUGUAGUGUCACGUGGCCAGUCUGCCGACGCUCUUCAGAAGAACGAUCUUUGGUGGAAUGGUCCGUUGUUCCUGCGCAGUGAAGAAUAUCAGGUGGUAGUCCCUGAACCACUAUCCGAUGAAGAUGUUCCUGAGUUGCGGCAGGCCACUGUAGCUUCAGCGGUGGUGACAUUGGAGAAGCUGCCUGUGUUCCACAAGUACGAGUCCUUCAGAAAGCUGCAGCGAGUUCUGGCAUACGUCUUGCGUUUUUGCCGGAAUGCUAAGGAGAAGACAGUCAACAAGCGAACCACCGAGCGUUUCCCCACCAUGUUCGAAAUGCGCCAAACGUUGAAGGUCAUCGUCAGGGUGGUUCAAUCACAGCACUUUGGUAAGGAGGUAGCCAUUAUGGAGUCCGGUCAAAUGCACAUGGUUGCCUAGUUUUUUCACCCAAACUCAAGUGUCAAAAUUGUGCCUCAGAGUGCCUCGGUGUGCCACACAGCGUAUAAGACGGUGUGCUUGGCACCUCUUGGCACAAUGUUCCAAGCGACUAGCCCCU